UACCGGCCCGCGGCCUCUAUCAUGAAAUCAAUAAUAUGCGGCCCGCCAGCACUGUUGACCACAGUAUAAAAUACAUGUGUACAAAAAGCUAUUUUUCAUAUUUUUCAUUUCACCAGAAGAUGGCAGUAGCCCUGUGGCCGCACUCUGGCCGCCGUGACCCUUGACCUUGCGUGAUCGUUUCAGCCCAGCCCAUUUCUAACAUGGCGUCUGUAAACAAAAAAAGGAAAGUUGACCGCGAGGGCCGCCGCUUCCAGGACAAGUGGAAAUUUGAGUAUUUUUUCACUGAAAUACGAAACAACUGUGUCUGCCCAAUUUGCCAAGAGACUGUGGCUGUUUUCAAGGAAUUCAACAUCAAGAGGCACUACCAGACGAAACAUGCUAGCUACGACAAGCUAACUGGGAACAAACGCGGUGAAAAAGUGAAGCAACUGGAAGCUGUUUUAACGGCACAGCAAAGCUUUUUCACAAGAGUCCUGUUAGGCUGCUUCCGGUGCAUCUUUUUCCAUGUCUUCACUAAUCCAGGAGAAUAGUUUGAAUUUUCUAAAGAGGAAUAUGUGAAGGUGAAGAUACUUGAAAACAAUGUCCAGGCUGUGUGGAAAGAACAACCUUGCCCUUGGGGAGAGUCUUCCUUCUAACUCUGGCCUUUCCCUGUGGAGUUUGUUUUCCCACUCAGGAGGCGAGGUACAACCUGGACUGGAUGCCAGCCUGUUGCAGGACACUCAUACAUAAACAAACAAACAACCAGUUGCACACCGACAGGCAUUUUGGAGUCUUCAUGUAAUCUCCAAUGCAUGUUUUUGGGAUGAAUCCAGAGUAACCGGCGAAAUUCCACCCAGGCAAGAAGCAUGGCGGAGUGAGGAGUGAGAGCCUGACACUCAACAGCUCAAAUGGCCAAGUGGACCAACCCCCUACUGAAUGUGAAGGCAAAAUGGCCACUUUUUAAAUACAGGACUAAGCUAUGGGCUACCUUUUACUCUUCAGCUGGCCUUCUAGGACAGAGAACGGUUCCGCUGGCCCUCCUCGUCUUACUGCUAGCUGGCCUCAGUACAGCUGGUCCGCCACAGCGAGCUCGCCCACCUCUUCUCUCGGGACAGCCUUUUAUCAUUUUCUGGGGCAUCCCUGACGCCAGCUGCUCCAUGAGGCCCGAUCCAGGAUCUUUUGGGAUGGAGCGCGAGGGCCGUGUGGCCGUCUUCUACGAGGACACGCUUGGAAGUUACCCGUAUUUUAUAGACAAAGACACAUUGGUCAAUGGAGGCUUACCACAGCACACACGGCUGGACAGCCAUCUUGAGAAAAUUCAGAUGGAUUUAGAUGCAGCUUUACCUAUGCCCAGGUACCUCGGCCUGGGAGUGGUGCACUGGGCCGAGUGGCUCCCGCAGUGGUUGAGAAAUCGAGAGAAGAAGGCCGUGUAUCAGGAGGCAUCGAGGAACUUGCUGAAGGCCUUUUUCCCUAACUGGACUCCGGAGGAGGUGGAGAAGUGGUCACGGGUGGACUUCGAGGCAGCCGCCCAGUCAGUGAUGAUGGAAACCCUGAGAGAAAUCAAACGGCUGCGGCCCAAAGCUUUAUGGGGUGUCUCCCCUUACCCGAGCUGCUUCAACGGCGAUUCUGCCCAGACCGCGUCAGCCAAUUACACUGGCCGGUGCCCCCCUGCUGAAAAGCUCCUCAAUGAUGAGCUUCUGUGGCUCUGGAAGCGAUGCUCUGCCCUUUACCCUCUUCUCACUCUGGAGAAGCUUCAGGGUGGAACCUCCGGAGCGAGACUUUAUUUGUCCAAUCAAAUCCAGGAAGCGCUGCGUGUUUCCUCUCUGGCCGGAGCGUCGUUCGAUCUUCCCGUGUUUCCGCUGGUCAACAGUGUGUACGCCUCGACCAACACUUUCCUGUCCCAGGCAGACCUGGUCAGCAGCAUUGGCGAAAGUGCUGCCAUGGGAACAGCUGGAGUGGUCAUCUGGCAGAGAACUGAUACCAAGACUGAGCGAGAAUGUCAGGACCUGGCAGAGUUCAUCAGCGAGGUCUUGGGACCUUACUCCAUUAACGUAACCACAGCAACCAGGCUCUGCUCAGCCUCCCUCUGUGAGGGAAAAGGUAGAUGCGUCCGUCAAAAUCCGGACAGUUCCGCCUACCUCCACCUUCCGCCGCCCGCUGACGCGAUGGAGAAGGUGACAGAAAAGGAGGCGGACGCGCCCAAAGCCACAGACGAGCCCGGUCCAGACACCAAAGCAGCUGAGCCGGACCCAGCUGAGAUGUGGAAGAAAGACUUCCAGUGUCAGUGGUACAAGAAUUCGGACGGAGACAUCUCAGAUCAGCAGUCCCCCAAAGAUGGAGCCUCUGUUGAUGGGACGCUUGAUGACGUUUCCAAAGAUCUUGGAGGCUCUUUGGGAACCUUUUCUCCAGAGUCCAUCACGAAAGUUGCUUCCACGACAAAGCCAAGUGAAAACACUUCCGCACCUUUGAUUUCAAACUCUUGCACCGUUUUGUGGCUGCUGCUGACUUCUUGUCUGUAUGUGGACUGAAGCAACCUUUUAGCCGGAGCAUUCGACUGAAGUGCCUUUGAGCAAGAAUGAGGACGUGUCACACAAGUCUGCAUUCAACUUUCUGGGGACGUGCCAACGCACACCGAUACUGUAACACUUGUCACUUUGUCACUUGGCUUUUGGGCAACUUUAACAGGACUUGGAAGGACGUCAUCACACUGCCAAUGAAAAAGAGAUUGAAAACCCAAAUACAAAAAAGCAGUUUGUACUAUUGUCAUUGUUUUUGAUUACUCUCUUCUCCAGUGUUUGGAAAUAAAGGUUUAAUCAUUCAACCUCAUAGCAAACCUAUACGGAUGCAUUUUUGUUUUGGGAGCAGGGGGAAUCCAGGAGCAACCCAAAUAUUAAAUAUGCUCAUGAAUGGUGCCAUUUAUCGUAAGGGUAGUUUUUUUCUAUAUAUAUAUAUUUUUUUCUGUACAAAUAGCCCACUAGGGGAGACAAUGAGAAACCUCGACGGCGAGUGGCAGAGGGAGGGCUCCCCUGCAGACAGCAAUGGAUGUGACAGAUUCGGCAUCGUCACCUAGCGCCCUCUUCGAGCACGUGACGACGAUCACUUCAAUAUUGCCUGUUAACCUAAAAUCUACAAAACAAAAUAUUACACGAGGAAUACAUUGAUGAGCGAGUAAGCUUUCUCUUAAAGCCGUGUGAAAGUGGAAAACCUUUAGGUUUGAAAAAAAAAAAAAGCCUAUCUAGUUCCAAACAUAACUUUUAGUUACUCUGUUCUUCCUUAAUGCGACGACGCCACUACCACCACCACAAGAAAAAAAUGAAUAAAAUAAAACAAUACUACACAAAGCUCUAGCGUUAAUUGAGCUUUACUGGCCCCUCGUGGCCGUAGGGCGCUAAGCAGCUGCUGAGUUCACUUGUGCCUUGGGCCAGCUCUGCACUUACUUGACCCAAGACUAGUAGCAGAAACAAUGAACGUUUCGGGUUUGUGACAACCCAAGGUCUGUAGAACAGCCUUUGAACAAACGGAUCACUGUUGUAAGGAAUACUUGUUUUUUUCUUCUUGAAUAGCUUUCUUUUUAAGGUCACACUAUGCUUUCCAUUUAUUUUUGUUGUUUUGGUUGUGGGUUUACUUGGGCAUGGGAAAAACAAAAAAGCAAAAAAGAAUGAGGCACAGUACACAAGCAGGCCAGUACGAAAAUUAUCCAUGGUGCAGUAUUGGGCUGUGACCUGCUCAUAAUCUGUUUUUGUUUUUUAAUUACUUUACAGCUUCUCAAAUUAAACCUCGCAGAGGCGAGUUUAAGAACCACUGAUUCCGCAGAUCGGUGUGCCUAUAUCAGAAGACUGAGAAGGACCGCCAAGAGAGCUUCUUACCACCACUCUUUGGACAAGUAGACAAGUACACGCCACACUGCAUUCUGCUUUUCAUUCUUGGACAUUUCUGGACAUUUGUUGACAUGGAGUAUUCGCUGGAAAGAAGAUUGGCCUGGUUAGUCAACUCUAGUGAAUAUUCAUAGCCUGACUCAACUACUCGCUCUUUGAACUUCUAUUCUGUGUAGAUUGUUUUAUUAUUUUCGUGUUGUGUUGUUGUGUGUGUGAUUGUCUUCAACGCAAUACAACUGCUUUGUCAUA